CAAUUUAUCCCGAAAUCUUAACUCUGCAAUCGUUGCCUUAUUUCUUUAAACAAAUUGCAUUACAAUGGUUGCAUUGUUAUUUUAAAUAAAAGUCAUUACUCCUUUUAUCAUUAGUUAUUAAUAAAUAAAUUAAUGCGUUUGUUAUGUUUUGAAGAUAUAAAGAAAUUUGCUUUGUAGGUUUUUACAAUUAUUCAUUUUGUUAAAACAUUUAUUAUCUUUAUGUCAAAGAAUACUGCCAAUAAUUUUUUAUACCUGCGAGAUUCCGUGAUCGCGAUCCGCGUGCUUCCGCGAAACAAAAUCUGGACCGCUCGUGGCUACCCGAUCCGACGCUCCAUAUCGACGCGGCACCUCGAAACUCGAAUCCCUCCGGCCAAAAUCCCGCCUCUUUUCCACCAUAUAAUGCGCAUCGCUCCGCCCGUCUCCACCACUUCCCACGCCCAAUUCUCGAUCUCGAGACCUAAUCGACCGAUCCUUGUUCCCCGGACUACGAUCGCAAUCGAUGGCGAGGACGAAACAGACCGCCCGGAAGUCCACCGGGGGCAAGGCCCCGCGGAAGCAGCUGGCGACGAAGGCGGCCCGGAAGUCGGCGCCGGCGACCGGGGGCGUGAAGAAGCCCCACCGCUUCCGCCCGGGGACGGUGGCACUGAGGGAGAUCCGCAAGUACCAGAAGAGCACGGAGUUGCUCAUCCGCAAGUUGCCGUUCCAGCGUCUCGUCCGGGAGAUCGCGCAGGACUUCAAGACGGAUCUGCGGUUCCAGAGCUCCGCGGUGGCGGCCCUACAGGAGGCGGCGGAGGCCUACCUCGUCGGCCUCUUCGAGGACACCAACCUUUGCGCCAUCCACGCCAAGCGGGUCACCAUCAUGCCCAAGGACAUCCAGCUCGCUCGCCGGAUCCGCGGGGAGAGGGCUUGAGGCCCGUCCCAUCUCGUGUGUUCACCGCCCCUUCUGGUGGGUCGAUCGGGGAUUUAGGUCUAUUAUGUCAGCCUCCAUGGCCAAGCGCAGGUUUCCCGCUCCUAACUUUGUCUCGACUGUAUUGUGUUUCCGGCCAUCUGAUGUCACAUGGGAUUGCGUGUAUGCGAGUAAUGUUAUGUGGCAUCAACUUUCAAAGCAAAGCCUCGGUCAGAAACA